CCUUUUUUCUACUUACAUUUUUAAUUUAAAUUUUAGUGUCUUAAAAAGUUAUGCCUUUGUUGUACAGUACAGUUGCUCGUGGGACAACAGUCCUUGCUAAACAUGCUUCAUGUUCUGGAAACUUUCAAGAAAUUACAGAGCAUAUUUUAUUAAAAAUUGACCCAGGAAAUGAAAAGAUGACAUUUACUCAGCCUGGAUAUUUAUUUCAUUAUAUUUCUGAAUCUGGAAUAAUCUACCUUUGCAUAUCAGACGAUACAUUCGAUAGAACUCAGUCAUUUUUGUUUCUGGCUGAAGUGAAAAGAAGAUUUACGAAGACAUAUCAACAGCGUGCUGCUACAGCUUUACCUUAUGCCAUGCAAAGUGAAUUUUCAAGGGUACUUGCAUCAGAAAUGCGUCAUUUUUCAAAUCCAUCAGACAGUGAGAGAACUAAAAUGCAACGUGUGGAAGAAGAAAUUGAUGAACUUAAAGGAAUAAUGAUAAAUAAUAUAGAUAGCAUUGCACAGAGAGGUGAGAAACUGGAGUUGCUUGUGGAAAAAACAGAUGACCUAAAUGCUACAUCAAUGACAUUCAAGAAAUCAAGUAAAAGUCUUGCGCGUGCUAUGUUUAUGAAGAACUUAAAAUUGAUUAUCGCUGUUAUUGUCGUGUUAUUUGUUCUUAUUCUGAUCAUCGUAUUUGCGUCCUGUGGUACGGACUGGAGUCAUUGUGGCAAAAAUUAAAUGAAAUUAGUUUUUUAAAAAUAUCUAUUUUUAAUUUUUUCUUCUUUUUUUCUUUAACUUAUUAAAAAUUUUGAAAUAUUACUAAACUAUGGUCAUACUCCGCUUGGUCCACAUUUUUUCGUGCACGUUUUUUUUUCUAUAUGGAUUUUUAAACUGCAGACCAUUGUCUCACUUUUCUUAUCAUUUGAUCAAAUGCUUGUACUGUCUCCCUGAAAUGAAGAGUGAAAAAUGUAAAAAGCCUUAAUCUACAAAUUAGAGGAGACGCAGUGCUUUAUUAUAAAUUUCGGUCCCGUAUUUUCACGAAUAAAUGCCCAAACACAGGGAUAGCUUUAAAAAUAAAAUAUUUCAAAAGGAUGCUUGUUUGAGGGGGGCAUUUAUUAUGUAUGUUAGUAUGUUAAGAUGAUAUGUUUAGUAAGUUAUGGAAAUCUGUAUGAUUAGUCUAUUUUAUACAAGAAUGCAUUAUUUGUAGUCCUCCCUGUUUUUUCAACCACCGAGUAAGAUAAUUAAUUGUACAUCAUAAGGAUAGAAGGAAUGGAAUAUCUAUAAAUGGAAGUAAUGUAAAAAAUUGACAUAAAAUCAAAAAUUAUUGCUAACAACUUGCUUUAAUUCUGGUUGAUCUUCUUUUUAGAUAGAAAAAAGCAAAAACAUGUCCAAUCAGAUUAGAAAUCUGUCAAUACAGUUAAAAAGUAAUUUUCUUAUCCAAUCUUAUACGUACUGUUAAGAAUCUCUGCUUAAGUUCUGGGUUUCUGAGUACUUAAUUAUUAUCGGCUGACCAAUUUCUUUAUGCAAGAAAUGUUUCAGAACUGUGCAAACCAGUUUAGCUCUUUGUGUUGAGAUUCUUGAGUAAUGGCUAUUAGAGUAGUUUUCCAAUCUUGCCUCUAAAACUCAGUAUCUCUUAUUCAGUCUUGCAAAAUUUUAACAUUAUAAUUUUUAUAUGUUAACUUAUCAGCUUAUAUUCUAGCUGGAUUGUGAAAACGUCUUUUUGUAUAUAUAACAUAUUCAUUGUUCUUACUUCUCGUUUUUCUUAAAUUUUAUGAGGCGUUUUUUUAUGACAAGUUGGAAUUAGCUAGUUGUGUUGUUGUCUUGAUUCAUUCUAAUUACAAAAAAUCACUUUCGGCAUAAUUUUUCUCAUCAAGUCUGUUUUAAAACACGUUCUCAAAUUUCAACUAUAAUUUUUGUAGUCACGUAUUGCUGUGGGUUUUUUUGUGUGUGUGCUAUGUGAUAUAAUCAGAAAUCAGAUAUCUCGACACAUCGCUAUAUCUCCUUUCCUCCCCAAUGCCUCCCUUCACAUUUCCACCCUUCUCAUUGUAAAAAGUGUAUAGCUAAUGAUACUUAGCUUGCUUCUCUUAAA